UCUCCCAGAAUCCUCUCCCCGCCUUCCCAGCGCCCGUAGACCCAGUCCACCCCGCCCGCAGCUCCUCCGUCCCCGAGUAGGGCAGCGCACCCGUGAGAGCGCCGAAGCGGAGCGGCCUCCAGAAGCCCACCCCACCCCACCACCGCCGUCCCCCACCACCGCCACCAGCCGCUCCGCGGAAUCGAAGUCCGCGCCGCACCAACCACCGCCCCCCAGUCCCAGAUCUAGCCCCCCCGUCGCACCAACGUGUUGCCCCCCGAUUCGGCGCGCCCCUGACCCGGCCUCGUGCCGGAGGAUGCCACGCGCGGCCUCAAAUCUCCCAGAUUUCAUCAGCUCCCAGUAGCAGCAGCAGCAGCAGCCGGCGGGCGCGAUGCAGGCGCGGGUGGCGUCCAUGGAGGACAUGAAGGAGGCGAGGCUGGCGGCGCAGGGGCAGGGCGGGAGGGUGUUCCCCACGGGGAUGCUCAAGGUAUUCCUCGGCUUCCUGCUGCUCGGCGUCGGCCUCUCCGCGGCCGGCAUGUACAUGGCGCGGCACACGCUGGCGGCCGCCGCGCCGGCCAUCUUCCGCCCCUGCCUCGGGGCCUCCGCCGCCGGCGCCGAGGAGCGGCCGCUGGACGGGCUCGAGCGCUGGACCCGGCCCCCGGCCCGCGCGCGCCACGCCAUGACGGACGAGGAGCUGCUCUGGCGCGCCUCCUUCGCGCCGCGGGUGCGCCCCUACCCGUUCCGCCGCGUGCCCAAGGUCGCCUUCAUGUUCCUCACGCGCGGCCCGCUCCCGCUCGCGCCGCUCUGGGAGCGCUUCUUCCGCGGCCACGAGGGCCGCUACUCCGUCUACGUGCACGCCCUCCCCUCCUACCGCGCCAACUUCACCAAAGACUCCGUCUUCUACCAACGGCAAAUCGCCAGUAAGGUUGCGGAAUGGGGUCAGAUGUCUAUGUGUGAUGCUGAGAGGCGCCUGCUGGCGAAUGCUUUGCUGGAUAUAUCUAAUGAGUGGUUUGUGCUUGUGUCCGAGUCGUGCAUUCCCAUAUUUGAUUUCAAUACCACAUACGAAUACUUCCAGAAUUCAAGCCAAAGCUUUGUCAUGGUGUUUGAUGAUCCUGGGCCAUAUGGACGGGGCCGAUAUAAUUAUAACAUGACCCCUGAGGUUGAGCUCACACAAUGGCGCAAAGGUUCGCAAUGGUUUGAAGUAGACAGAGAUCUUGGCAUUGAGAUCAUCAGAGAUACACGCUAUUACCCGAAAUUCAAGGAGUUCUGCAGGCCUCAUUGUUAUGUCGAUGAACACUAUUUCCCUACAAUGCUCACAAUUGAAGCUCCACAAAGCCUUGCUAACAGAAGUGUCACCUGGGUAGAUUGGUCGAGAGGCGGUGCACAUCCAGCCACAUUUGGUAGGGGAGAUAUCAGUGAGGAAUUCCUGAGAAGAGUUCAAACGGGACGGACUUGUUUAUACAAUAAUCAAAAUACAACAACAUGCUUCCUGUUUGCUCGGAAGUUCGCUCCGAGUGCACUGCAGCCGUUGCUAGUGCUAGCGCCCACUGUGCUGGGUUAUGGUUGAUGUAUAAUUUUAACAGGUGCCCCCUGUAAGUUUUGAUACUAGAUAAUAGGUAGGUUUACAUGUGUGGAGGCAUGGGCUUAUUUUGAUGGAUUCCAACCUGUACUCUGCCCACAUCAUUAUACACAAAUUUGUACUAUUAUUUUGUACAGUAACCUGACAAUGGACAAGAGAACUUUUCUCUUGCUCUAUUGCACUGUAUAUUUUUUAUUAAUCAGAAUGUAUUACUAGAA